ACAAGCUUUCUUUGGUGGGGAAAUGAAAAUAUUUGUAUCUUACGUGACGAGCUGAAGAUCAUAAGAAAACUAAAACUCGCUCGUCUGGUUUUCUGUGAUGCAAACUGGCCUUUCUCGCCCUUUUGAUCACGUGUCACUCUGUUUAUAAACAAUCCAACCGGUAUUUACUACUACAAUUUGCAUUAGUACACGUACUACAGAGCGGCUCCAUAUUUUCAAGAAAAAAAAUAUGAACGCGGCAAAAUUUUCUCGUCUUAUCGGAGUGGCCGUUCGCGGACCUCUCCGCGUUGAAGUGAGAGCAGCCUCAACAUUAACCGCCAAGUUGGCCGAACCGAGGCUUAACAUCCCGCCUCCAGAACAACUUUUUGUCCCUCUGUCAGUUCCCACGAAACUUCUUUUCGGGCCGGGCCCAUCGAAUCCAUCCAUGAGAAUUUAUAAUGCCUCUGCCAUGUCACUUCUUGGUCAUUUACAGGCUGAUUUCCAUCACGUUAUGGACGAGACAAAAGCUGGUCUGAAGUACGUGUUUCAAACGAACAACGAGUACACGUUGGCGAUCACUGGUGCGGGACAUGCUGCAAUGGAAGCUUCGAUCAUGAACCUUGUAGAACGCGGAGAACGCAUCCUUGUUUGCAACAACGGGAUGUGGGGUGCCAGGGCACAAGAAAUCGCCGAGAGGCAAGGAUGUGAUGUACGUGUUCUAGAAAAGUCACCUGGAGAGUACUAUACUAAAGAAGAGAUUGAACAGGGUUUAAAAGAGCACAAGCCAUCAGUUCUUUUUAUAGUUCACAGUGAGUCUUCUUCAGGGAUAUGUCAGCCACUGGAGGGUAUUGGUGAUUUGUGCCACAAACAUAACUGCCUGAUAAUUGUGGACACAGUAGCAUCUCUUGGUGGAACACCCUUCUUCACUGAUGACUGGGAUCUGGACUGUGUUUAUACAGGCUCUCAAAAGUGCCUAGGGGCACCUCCAGGAAUUUCACCAAUCACAUUUAGCCCUAGAGCCAUGGCAAAGGUAAACAGCAGAAAAUCUAAGGUACCAUCUUUUUAUCUGGACAUAAAUGAACUAGGAAACUACUGGGGUUGCGAUAAUGGCCCAAGGAGAUAUCACCACACUGCAGCUAUAAAUUUGGUUUAUGCAUUAAGAGAAAGCUUGGCUUUGCUUGCAGAGGAGGGACUCGAAAAUUCGUGGAAACGGCAUAAUGAUACAAUUGAACACCUCUGGGCUGGAAUCGAAAAGAUGGGUUUAGAGAUGUUUGUCAAAGACAAGGUCCAUCGCCUUCCUACAGUGACGAGUGUAAAAGUCCCUGAAGGAUUUCCAGAUUGGAAAGCUGUUCCAGAAUAUCUCAUGAAAAAGUACAAGCUAGAAAUUGUUGGUGGUAUGGGUCCAACAGUCGGAAAGGUGUGGCGUGUAGGAUUCAUGGGACAUAACUCGUACAAGGAGAAUGUCGACCAGUUUUUACGGUUAUUUAAAGAGGCAAUAGAAUCAGUGAAGAACAGUUCAUGAAAACCAGGUGCUGGAAAAUGAACAUAGCGAGAAAGCAGCUGGCUCAAACUUCCGUCGGAUUCGGAAUAGAACUAUAAAUAACAAUCAAGGGAUGAAGCUGAGAUGAGGAAAGAUAUGUUAAAAUGAUCAGUAAAAGUGUAGAACUGGAAAAAAUUUAAUGAUCAAAUUAGAGAUUGCACUACAUCUUCGGAAUGAAUGAUACUUCACAAGUUUAGUUUUAGAAAAAUCGUACGAUGUGAUAUUUUCCAGUCUCUUGUGUUUAAGUAUCAUAUGCGACUGAACGUAAAGUAUUUCGGGAAAGUUAAUGUAAUUGUGUAAGUAUUUGUGAGUGUAAAUGUAUAUUUAAAUGUAUUUUAAACGUAAUAUAAAGCCCACUAAUAUAUAUCAAUGAUUAAUAUAUAUCAAUGAUUGAUAUAAAUAUAUAUUUAUAUUAAUUAGUGUUUAACAGUAAGAGAGGAAAUUUAAGCUAAGAAUUUUAAUUUUACUUGGGUAAUGAUAAUAUGUACAUAUAUUUUUGCUUUUUUGUCCAGAUAAGACUGGGAUUUAAUUACACCCUAGAACUCCCCAACGCCCUUGUAUUAAAUAUUAUUUCGCAAAGAUUUAAUAGAAUAAAUUUUUAGUAGUUCUUCU